GGAGAGAGUUGAGCCCAGGAGUUCUGGCCGAUGACAGGGUGCCUGGAAAAGCAGAGAAAGCAGCUCGGAGAAGAAGAAAGGCAGGGGCUCACGGAGACCAUGUUGAGGGAGAGAGGGAGAGGGCUGCCCAUGGCCCCACGGGAAGACUGCCCUGGGUCCAGGGGUCUUCCAGCUGCUGGGCCCACCCUCACAUGUCCCGGUAACGUAACGUUUCUUCAGCUCUGCCCAUCCGGUGCCAUUAUUGUUUUAAAAUCGAGAUGCUUCUUGGACCAUCAGCUCGACAGAGAGCCACAAAGCUUUUGGGUCCAUGUCAGAAUUCUGCUUCCCAGAGGGAGAUGGCCUCACGGGCUGCUCCAGCACCAGCAUGUGGAACGUGGUCCAUGUGGUCAGAGAGCCGGAGGCCAGGGGCUUGGCAUUCCUGGGACCCAGAAGUGGCUGGGAGACUGUUGGGCCAGCCUGAAGGGGCAUGGGAACAGGGGGAGCGGAUUGAGGGUCCAGGUUCUAGGGCAAGUUGAGGCCAGGCUGGGUCCACAGGAGACCUGUUGCCAGCCCCCCACCUGCCAAUGCCAGUGGGAGCCAGGGCAGCUGGACACGGGUCCUCCAGGGUACAGCAGGCUGGAGGAUGAGGAGGCAGAGACUCGGGCUGGAGGCCCUGAGAACCCCGUCACCAGGCGGCCACAUAAGCCACAUCGUCCCCUCAAGCACCCAGAAACUGGAGAGAUGGCAGUGGAGGAGGCUAGGAUCUGGAGUCUUAUGUCACUGGCCUGUCCUCGUUUUGUGCCCAUUGCCCAGUGGGAGGGGCUCAGGAGACAGAGAAUUACAGGCAAAGGAGAGAAGCUGUACCUUCUCUGUACGUGUGAGGGAGGUGGAGUUUUUUGGACCCUUGGAAAUGUGGGGUCUAUCCUCUUAUUUCCCAGAAGAGCCCCAGUUACCAUUUCCACACCCCAUGCAAAAGCAGAGGGAGAUUCAGGUUUACACUAAAACCAAAGCUCUGCCCUGUUGGAUCAUGGCCAAGGCAUUCACCAAUCUCCCCCGCAGCAGCCCAGCUCCUGAGGGGGAUGUCUGGCUCUCUGGGGAGAUCCCACAUUCCCUGCAGUCCACCUCCCAGAAGCUUCUGAAAUCCCUCCCUCCUGCCCCAGGUCCGCCUUCCCCUCCACAAGCCUCACCUCCAGUCCUCUCCUUGAAGAUGCCAUCCCCGCCUCCAGGAGCCCACCCAGGGGGACCCGGUGAGAAAGGCUGCCUGGCUCUGGGCCAGAACCUGUCACAUGGGCCAGAACCUGUCACAUGGACUGGCCCUGACUGCCCUGCUCUACAGUGAAGGCAGCACAGCAGACAGGACACACCAAGGGCGGGUCACACACUGAAAACUUAGGCCCUGAGUCCAACACGGGACUGGGCACAGGGCAGGCCCACAGCAGUGGUGCAUGGCCCAGAUGAAGUGAAGCAGCCUUCCCCCAGUCCUGGCCCCAGGAAGCAUCUCUGAAGUGUGGUGAGGAUUUGGGGGUCACAGUGGGUACUCCUCAAAGGCCAGCCUUGGGAAUACUUCUGGCUUCCACUUGAACAAAGCCCCCCUUUCCUCCCAGAACACCCUGGCCAGGAGUGACGAUGAUUGAUCACUCACCCUCCUGCUAACCACACAGCCCCAUCCUGGGCUCUGGCAGACCGUGAGCACUGGCUUUUCAGCAGAACUUGGCUUGACCCCAGCAUGGCAGACAUCGUGACGUUAGCACAUGUAGAGAGCGCCAUCUCAGACCUCUGACCUCCAUAACCAGCAGAUAAUCAGCGUCUGUUGUUUAAGACUAAGUUUGUGUGGCUGGGCAUGGUGGCUCAUGCCUGU